CUCCGAAAUAACAUCCAAUUUUUCGUAUUUCUCUUAACACUGAAAUUUGCUUGUGCUUUUGUUCUUUUGGAGCAAUUCUUGAUUCAAAGUGUACAGAGAUGAGUAUUCUUCAAUACCCAGAUUCGUUCAAUGUGCCAGAGCUUCAGGUUUGGAGCAAUGCGGCUUUUGACAAAGGAGAGUCUGAAGAUACAAGCGCCAUCAAGGUUUCUUGGGCUAAUCAUGAAUCUGGGUCGGUGAAUCAGUCACUAGAAUCUGAAGGUAGUAAAGAAAAUCGGAGUGCUCUUUGGCUAAAAUCCCCCGUUUCAUUCAAAUCUACUUCGUCUAUUGUCAAGCCUCUUUGUUCUAAGAAUGUUACAGGAAACUCCAAAGAACAGAUGCUGAAGAGUGGUUUUAUUGAGCCAUUGUCAGCGAAACCGAAGAAUGGAGUUGGGAAAGGAGAAGACAAAAAGCGUGAUGAGAAAAAGAUUGAUAUGGAGAUGGAAGAGAUUGAGAAGGAGAUCACUCGUUUGUCAUCGAAACUUGAAUCCCUUCGGCUCGAAAAAGCUGAAUACAACGCCAAAAGUAUUGCGAUGAGAGGAAGAAUAGUGCCUGCUAAAUUCAUGGAGCAAAAACAGAGCAUAAAGAUUUUUGAGACGACAAAAAAGAUUGAAGAUCCUCUGUUUUCAAGUGCUAAAACAAAAUUGAACCCAAGGGGAGUUAGUUUAGGUCCAACGGAGAUUUUCUAUGCAAUGAAAACGAGACAAUUAAAACAGGACAUCACCACCCCUAUUCAGUCAAUACAGAGUCGCCGCAAAUCCUGUUUCUUUAAGCUCCAAGACGUUGAUGAAGGGAAGGUUACAAGAGAGAGAGGCAAGAGCUUGAGUCUUAGCCCAAAAUCACGUACAACAGCGUCCAAGAUUCAUCCUCCUAAGACAGCAGCAACCACGGUAGGGUCUAAAAGGGCUGUGAAGAAAGAAGACGGGGUUCUUGCUACAAUUCAGCCAAAAAGGCUCUUCAAAGAGGUAGAAAAAUCAGUAACAGCAAAGAAACAAUUGAAACCUGGAAGGGUGGUCGCGAGCCGGUACAAUCAGAUUGCCAACCAAAGCGAUGCUCAAAAACGGUCUUUACCAGAAAAUGAGGGGGAGGAGAGUAACAGGCAUGACAAGAGGCGUGUUUCCCGUGAACAAAUAGUGGAUUCCUGCAAGAAUCGAAAGAGUGAGAGCAGAGUGAAGAAGAAGUGGGAAAUUCCUAGUGAAGUGAUAGUUUUCAAGGGAGAAAUGGAAGAAGAAUCUCCGCAGUCAGUUAAUAAGUUCAACAAUGUGCUACCAAAGAUCAGGACUGUAAGAUUUUGGGCUGAAAGUCCUCGUGAUUCAGGUGCGGCGAAAAGAGUGGCUGAAUUGAUGGGAAGGAAAUCGUAUUUUUGUAUGGAGGAGGAAGCAGAGGACUCUGUUUGUCAGGCUCUGAGUUUUGCAGUAGGGGAUGGAGAGUAAGAUUGAUCAUAUUUCUUAAUUUUUUUCUUCAUCCUUUUUUUUUUUUUUAAUAAAGCUAUAGUGUUUGGGGUUUCGGGUUGUGAACCAUAACUCUUGUUAUGGGUUAAGAAUGGUUUUAUGUUCGCUUAUGCUUAUCAUAUAUGUAAAGUGACUG